GCUGCCUGCUGUAUUUCUGAGUGCAUGUUUUGCGUAACAGGGGAUUUCUGUCCCAUUCUUCUGGUCCGUUCCUGAGGAUUCCUGCAUCUGCUGUCAGCUUUAGCCAGCAAUUUGUGAAUCCUGAGCGCUUAACAUGUGUAUUUCACUCAUCCUAGCAGUCGGCAUGGAGAGAGAGUGUAGCCAGAACGACUGCGCACACUCCUGGAGGGACGCUACCAUCAAGAGGAAGGCCUGGGCGCGGAGCCGAGAGUCCUGGCAGACCCCAGAGUGUCAGGACGCGGAGCGGGAGCCUCAUGCAGAGCCUAUGGAGGAGAAGCCCUCCAUUGCUGAAGACCCAGGACGCGUACCGAGCAAGAUCGCAAGUUGGCUGAAGGAAUGCAGGACACCUCAGGGAGCGUCUCUGGAUGAACAAGGGUUGCCAACCAGGGGAACGCUGAAGAACGGAUGCAGCUUCGAAGACGACUUGUCCCUGGGAGCCGAAGCAAACCUUCUCCAGCAUAGCGGAACUAAAGGCGAGUUGUCAUGUAACUUUGAUGUGGCCAAAGAACGGAAGAGCUCCUUCCUGCAACGGGGCCUGAGCAUCACUUCCUCUGGCUCUGGGAGGAGCAGUGCCACUGUAUCCAGUGUCUCUGAGUUGCUUGACUUGUACGAAGAGGACCCAGAAGAAACCCUGUACAACCUGGGAUUUGGAACUGAAGAGCCAGACAUCUCCACUAAAAUCCCGUCCCGGUUCUUCAAUGGUUCAUCCUCAGCUCGGGGCAUCGACAUCAAGGUCUACCUGGCGGCCCAGCUCCAGCGCAUGGAGCUGGAGAAUCCCAACUCUGCCCUUACAAGUCGUUUUCGGCAGAUCGAGGUGCUGACUACUGUGGCCAAUGCAUUCAACUCCCUCUACUCCCAAGUGUCGGGCCAGCCGGUGCAGAUGAUCGGCAGCAGUGAGGCAGAGCCUGCUGAUGUCUCUACUGAGAAGAAGAGCAGCCAGGCCAGGAAUGUUGCCAAGAUUAUAAAGAAGACCCUCACCAAGCACAACCUUCUGAACCUGGGAUUGGGUGACUUGGCCCUCACGUCCUCUGAACAAGGUGAUAAGGGAGACGUGUCUCGUGCUGAGGCAGAGGAGAAGAACGAGCUGAAGCAAUCAAAAGCUUUCAGGAGGAAAGAGUCCCCUUGGUUGGCCACGGUGGCUGAGGAGACCAAUGUGGGCGCAGUUCGGAGUGACGCCAACCUUGCCAACGGUGACUUAGAGUCCAAAGAGACGCAUUUCACUCCGCAGGGAAGUUUGAGCAGGGAGGACACCCUGUGGAGAGAAGAAGCAAAAGCAUCAGCGACCAUCAUCCCAGAUAAGGAACCUUCUGGCCAGCGGAUCAACCCCCUCGUCGCCCAUCUCCUCACGCAGCCAAAGGACUCGUUUGAGAUGGAGGAGGUACAAAGUAUCGAAGGAGAACCCUCUUCUGGGACACGUCGGAUUGGAAUCGAGCACCCGCUGAGGAUGGCCAGCCAGCAAUCAGACAGCAGCGGCUUCGCAGAUGACCCCUCCCCAGAUGGCAGCACUAGCUUUCUAAAGGUUCAGGAGAGCUCAGACAGCUGUGACAGCGAGAACACUGUUAUGUCGAGUUCUUUUGAGCACAGUAUUCCUCUGGAUCACCCGGUCUUUGAGAAGCUCUUGGAGGGCUCAGAGCUGUUGACAGUUGUGACUGGUGCGGACUCUAGUAACAUGGGAAUGCGGAAUGAGGCUGGAGGUGGAGAGGAAGUACCCAGCGGUUUCCCCCUGCUAUCUAAACCUACCACUGAGAAUGGGCCUACUGCUGAGCCAACUGGUGUGUCCACCACUGAGACUGGGCCUACCGCUGAACCAAUCAGUGCGUCGACUGCUGAGAUUGGGACUACUGCUGAGUCCACCUAUGGACCUACAAGAGAACUUAUCAGUACGACUACUGCUGAGCCAACUGAUGUACCUACUGGUGUUGAGAGAGGCUUGGCAGAAGACCCAAUUGGUAGUCUUACCCCUGAGUCUGUCGGUGUGCCUAACGCUGAACAUGUUCUUGCUGCUGAACCUUCAAUUGGACCCGUCUCUGCUACUGAACAUGGACCCUCGGUUGCAGAUACCAUGGUGGAUGGUCCCUCGCCUUUGGCCCAUGGAGAUACCCAUCAGAAGGCCUCUUCCGUGUACAAGGCCACGUUGACGACAGGGGGAAGGCUGGUCGCCCAGCAGAGGUUCCCCCUGAGGAGGUCCCGCUCCUUGCCCACCUCCCUGCUCAGCCCAGCUUGUGUGGUCUCCACCAUCAAGAUCCAGAUUCAACCCGGGGGCUUGAAACGGUGUACCCCUCCUACCUUUUCAUACCGCUACACACCCGAGGAGGAGUACGAGGAGGAGGAGGAGGAGGCGGCAGGGUCUGUCAUGGACGGAGGGGAUAUGAAGUGGGAGACGACAUCCUCAGCCUCCAUGGUAAACUCCCCUCCUAAUGCCAGGCCUCAGCAGAUGGACGAGCACCUUGGCAGGAUGCCGUCCCACCUGCCCCGAAUGUCCCCCCACCUGAGGGGCUCCUCCUGCUCCCUGCACAGCAUACCGCCCGAUUGGCCUCAGCGGCCCCAGGUCGAUCACUCACAGCUCUGGAGCGCCUGCAGCGUGCCCAACCUCCACCGAACCUGCAGCCCCUACGGCUGGUCCCACGGCUGUUAUACUGCCCCCAGUGUUGUCUCCUGCAGCAACCUCUACAGAGGCGAUGACCUCCAUGGAAGUCAGAGCGGCAUCCCUCACUACAGGUCCCACAGUUCCCUACACAGUGAUUACCACAGAGCCCCCUAUGGCUUACCUCACAGUGUUCCUUAUGACCAUUUCAACUCACCCGGCUCCGCCCACUGCUGCCAUCCCUUCCCCGGUGGCCAAAUGGCCACACCCCCCAUGCCAAGCCACACCCCCUCCAGCACCGAGAUGCAGCUGCGACGGGUUCUGCAUGACAUCAGGAGCACGGUGCGGAACCUGGACCAGUGCUCGUCGCUGUCCUGCAACAGCAUGCCCUCUCCCGGCACCCAGAUGUCCGCUCCCCUGCUCUGUGAGAACACCCUCCAAGAAAUGCAGGGAAUCCGCAGGAGCCUUAACACCUACCGUGCUCAGAUGAUGAACCUUGAACUCGCCCUGGUGCGACAGCAAUGCUCCGUCUACCAGGACUUGAGCGAGGAAGAGAGGCAGGAGGAAAUACAGCUGCAGCAGCUGCGCAGCGCAGUCCGUCAGGAAAUGCAGGAGCUAGAGCUGCAGCUGGAGGAUCGUCUGCUCUCCCUGGAAGAGCAGCUGCGUUGCUCUGACAUCAUGGGCCUCUACCGCCACCCAAUGGGUCACAGGAUGGACAUCUUGUCGAGCAUCUCCUCCCAGACAGUAACCGGAGUGGGGUCAGAGGUCACAAGGGAGCAGCUCGGCUACGGGGGCCGACACGGUGUCACCGGCUCCAACGCCUCCAGCCGCUCCACCAGCCCGUGCCAAUCUGCCCCAUCUGGUGGCCCCGCCUGGGAUCACCGUUCCCAGUCUCCUGGGUCUUCCAGCCCACCCAGGGAGAGGGUUUACCGGGCUUCGGUCUGCCUCACACCCGCCCCCCCUCCCCGGCCAGGCGUGACCCCCUCCUUGGAUGCCAAGCAGCCAGAUCAAGCCGACGCCGGGCCGACGCGGGCCUCUGCUGGGGAAGGAGGUGGAGGGGAAGCUGCAAACAGCCCCCAGCUGCAACAGCUCCUGCAGCAGGUCAGAGAAAGCAUAGCCGAGGAAGUCCGACAGCAGAUUCUGACUGAGCUGCUGGCUGCGGUUUCGCCGAGGAGGUAGCCCCUGGCAACAAGGGAGCUACUAUUGUGAAGAUGAGAAAUGCCCCAGAAGAGCGGAUCGCUCAGAACACUGGUAGAGAAACACUGAGAGCGUCUGGCCAACCCACACGGUUCGGGUGGCUGCAUCUACGUUUCCAAGGAGACACUAAUGCUACUGUGUGCUCAGCUACUUAAAAGGGCCCCGAUCCAGUGCUGACCCCACUUUCUGUAAUACAGGCGUUCAGGCAGAUGUGCCGUAAAGCAAGUGCUGUGAUGUAGGUUGAGAUGUAGGUUGGUUCAAGAGCUUCGACCAUGUGACCAGGUCACCAUAAUCGCACCUUUUCUCACCUCACAAACACAUCUGCUGUUGUCCGGGUUCUGUCCUUGCCGCCCGCCUGCAAACUUUACGGUCUCGUAAAACCACGUUAAAUCACACACCUUUCACCUGAAGUAUGUGCAUCAGCAGUAAUAUCGCUAAAUGUUUGUAUAAUAAAUGUACGUGGGAUUGAGAUAUGAUUGCAGUCAGAUAAUGCAGGUACUGAACUUUGUUGAUCUGUGUUUGGAGUGAGGAGGAGGAUCUUCUGUAGCUCAUCUUCCUGGUAACGGGCAGCCUGUAUUUGCCUAAUGGGUUAGUUCUCCGUAAUACGUGCUUUGUAUGUGUAUGUGUGCGUUUUUGUGUUUUGUGGGGACGCCAUCAUUCGAGGGUUAGGGUCACCUGCUCUCUGCAUGUAAAAAAUAAAAAACACAUUUCCACUGAUUUUCUACUUUCAAAUUCCAAUACUAAUGACUUUAUGAAUUAAAUGUCAGUGCGGGUAACGUUCACGAGAAUGUUUGUUUACCUUUGCUCUUGGGAUGCUCAAGGGAAGAUGUCUAAAGCAGAACAUUAAUAAAGAUUUAUUUAUUUUGAAUACA